AUGGGGCAUGCGCUGUCUUUCUUCUGCCGCCAGCGGAAAACGCGAUCUGAUGACCAGGUGUUGGCGGUCCCGUACAAUGGCUCCAAGAGUCAGCACACUGACCUGCAGAUCCAGCGUGCUCGUUUCCUGUACAGCUGUCAGGUUCAGUUCGCGAUGCGGGAGGCGGCGGUGGUGCAGCGCGGGGAACUGGUCCUGAAGUUUCCCGCCGGGAACAGACACAUCCCGCCCUUGCUGUUCCUGGUGCCGGAUUUACACGGGCCAAUGGUACGUGCUGCUUUCAAAAGAACUAUAGAAGAGGGCGAGGUCUAUGACGCUACAGAGACCAUCCGACGAUGGUCCAAACGGCCCUUUUCACCAAGGGCAUUUGAUAUCUGGCAACCUUUCGUCACCAAUGGAAUUACGAUGUGUUCCGGAAGCAAGGACCCCUCCCAGGCCUGGCAACUCCCGUUCCUGGCCAUGUACUACCGGAAAAGGGAAGCAGACGACGCCAUCACCUAUCAGGACAUCCUGUUCCAGUUCACACAGGACCCGGAGCAGUACCAGCCCAGGGACCUGAUGGUGAAGGCACAGCGUCCCUUGGAGAUAAUCAUAGUGAAUGGCGAGGUCAGUGCUGCACCAGAGGAUACAGAUGAAGUACCGGAUGACCAGCUGCGCCAGGUAGAAGACGACGGGCUCCUGUCCACACUGUGGAACAUCUCCCGGUCCGACAGCUCCACCUCUGCUCGGGCCGAGAGCGCACUGAUGGCGACUUACCUGAUGGACAGGCUCAACACCACCAAACAGCUGGAGAACUUCACUUUCCUCGUCAUUCCGUGUACACAUCAAGUGGUAAUUUCUGACGCUGUGCACCCUCUACCAGCAGUGCGAUGCAGGUUGAAGUUGCCUGACUGGGGGAGGGCCUCCGAAACCGUCCUGGUCGUCAGGGACGGCCCGAUCCAAAGUGUCAAUAUCGUAGACUUGGAGAGGUCUGGGCACGUCAGUGCUAUCCUGGGAGGGAACUACCUGGUCCCGCUGAAGCACACAACCGUCAACGGGACAUCCGUGCUGAAGGGAGACGUACUGAGGAUCAUCCGACGCUGGGCACGAAGUUGGCGAAAGACGGGGAGGGUUCUCAUCGAGUACUCGUCGACGUCGAAGGGACCGUGGCAGGAGAGCGGCAACGGGGGAGGGGAGAAGGGCGAGACUGGCCAGGGAGUCCCGUUCGGCUCCGUCUUUGCGUUCCUGAAGAUCAGCAAAGGGGCGCAGCAGGCUGACCCGUUCCGGUGGAGGAUGGACGCGCUGUCGCGAGAGACAACAAAGAGGAACGAGUUGGGCUCAGGUCAUCAGGAUACCGGGAACGAGCCGGACAACGGCACUGACGUCACGGACAUGGGGAUGAGGGAGUGGAGUAACGCAAGUGACGUCAUCACUGGUUAG